AUGGGCUCAGACUAUAAGUCGCAGGCGUUGACACGUCUAAUUGAAGCCAACCGGCUGUUAAAGAACCUCCUCGAGUCACUCAUGACCUCGGUAUGACUUCUCUCUACCUAACUUUAUUUCAAAUCUUGUGAAACUUUUCUACCCACUCAGAGCUCUCAUUUGUCCCCAUCUAACAGAAGGAAACGCAAUUAGCAACAGAUCGUCCCUUCACCCUGGCCUCCUCGCCCCUCUUAACCGCCUUGUUGUCAAUCCUCGUGGCCGAUCGAAAGGCUCAUGUUUCCCUCCUCUGCAAUGCGUCCAUAGAGCAAGGCUCGAAGCUCGGCCUGCCACCACGGCCGCUCUCCGGUCCACAGCAGAAGAAUAUACCCACGCUGGCAGACUUUAUUCGCUCCCUCACGGCCUAUGUAGAUGCUGAGGAGCAGGUUGGUUCAGUUUCGACGUCUUUUGCAUUUUCUGCAUCCCUCCGCCUUCCCACAUCCAUUCUUUUUCGUUUUCCCUCAUCCAUAUGCAACAGUUCUUCCAAGCGGAACAGACGUCGCGAGGAAUGGGAAAAACCGUCUCCCCGUUUAUGACUUUGAUUUUUCUACUGGUUUGACGGUCGCGAUAGAAGUAUGAAUUUUAGAUUUAUGAUUCCCGCCAAGACGUAGACCGUUUAUACGAGACCAGUAAACGGCAUUUUUAUCUUUAGCUAAGUAAAUGUACGUAGUCUUCACGUGACUUGAACAGUUUUUCAAACUCAGAGAUAACUUCCGCACGCACUUCCUGACGGUAAUGGCACGAUAGUGGUUUUGAAAUCAUCGCUUCCAUUUAAUUAGGUUUACUGCGAUUCACCUAUACUGUAGCAGAAAGUUGUGCCUUUGUUGCAUCCGGUUAUAAACUCCACCGAUCUUACGUUAUAGUACACCGCAUCUGCCUUUCAUAAUUUUGUAUUAAUCGAUAACUUACCUCUCCCAGCACGUCUGUCCCGGCACCCCCCUUUGCCUGCGAUGAUUAAUUCCGUUUUGUGUAGAACUUGAGCGUAGUGUCCGUGGCCGUUUGUCAUAUUUUAUUAAACUUACAUAUCAUCGAGGUUUACAAACAUUCCAGUCACAUAUUUUGCAUCCCCUUUCUUGAAAUAGUCAGUUUGGGAACCUUGGAGCGUUAAUGUUAAAUUAUUCUUAAGGAAUGAUCUUAGGAAAUGGUUUAUUUUUUGUCACUCACUGUUUUAUUUAUUUGGACUCUUCUAUUACCCCUUGUUCUCAUUUCCUGCCUAAACUUAUGUCGACACGAACGCCUAAUCGCAGCAGUGACAUUUUGAGCGCGAUCCGAACUCAUCUUCCACAAUGCCUGUCUGGAAUCAGAGUUACUUUAAAGCCUCUAGCGAAGUAGUCUACUUUGUCGUUCAUCCCGUCAUUAUUAAUCAGCUUUUUAUUCUAGUUUCACGUAACUGUUCUCUCUUUUUUGAUUAGAGAUGGAACACCCUCACCAGUGCAGUAGCGGCUGACCGACAGGAACUGGAGUCCGAGAUUGAGUCAGCACGACAACGGGAGGAAACUCUAAAGUCGGAAGGUAAUUUAUUCCGAAUUGUUCUCCACGAUCCCCACCUUCACUGGCACAUUCCUCUGGUAACCUCCUUGCAUAAGUUACUUUGAUGGCGGAUCUGGGAAUUUCUCUGAGGCACUACGUUCGUUCACCUAGCAUUCAAAAUUUAUCCCCAAUUAGAAAUUCGAAAUACCGUUUUUUUUCUGGAAUUAAUUUAAUCAAGAAGAGAGGACAAAAUAUGCUGAAAUCGAUGGCAUCAUAAAUUUUGGAACCUUUUGCAAGACAUCAAACGGUUAUUUCAUAUUUGCAUAACCAGAUGUUCGAUAAGAAUAAGGUCUAGAGCAAUAAAACGGCAUAGGUACUUAUUUGUACUUGUGUUUGGUAUAGCUGUGAUCAUGUCUGAUCUAACCAGCCCCGAUGAGAUCAUGUACUGUACCUCUCAACGCGUGACGAUUCGCUACUGAGACCGAAUAAAAGAGGUCCAUGGACACUUUCCGAGGAUUGAGAAAGCCCUGCAAGCAUCAUUGAUUUGGGAAACAAUGUCGUCCUUACCCUAUCCAUUCAGCAACGGCGUCGCCACGAGGUAUUUGAAGUUGUUCGUCUCUUUAAAUUGACAGCCAUUAAUUCCAAAUGAUACCGUUUGGUCAGGAAUGCAACCCGAUAGCUGUCCUAUUGACCGAUGACUUUGGUGAUGACCGCUGACCACUGCCGUCUUCGUCCGUUCUGGCUCUAAAACGGGGCCGAAUUUUUGCGCGCGGGGUUUCAUCAAUGCUGGGUUAUCGAAGUUUUGUGACACCAAGGCACUUCGCACGUUGCAUUUUAGGUGCUUGUGGGAGGUGAACUUUUAGGCGUGUGCUAACUAGAACAGGUCAGACCUAUGAGCAUUGCCAGUUUAGGCACCACACAUCGAUCUAUUAUCGUGAACCCAGCCGCGAAACCUUGAACCAACUAGAAUGUAGUCUGACUGACUGUAUGAGCGUUGUUUGAAUACCAAGUAGACGUUUGUGGCGAUUUUGAAGGCGCGUAUUGGGGACAUGCAGUCGAUUUCGGUCAGCAAAAUUAAACAUCCUAUCACCAUUGUCGCACCGAGGGCCAAGUCCAGAACGGCCAGCCAGGUGACUUUCCGAAAAGUCGCCGAAUCUAGUCCGCUUAUUCCAGUCCCGAAAACAAUCAGCAUAUCAUGGCGAUGGAGUCUUUGAGAUAAUUCCUGUGGUUGCGAGUAGAAGGUCUCUUUAUCGUGGCGUUCGGCAGCUGAUAUUGGUGCGCACACGGAGACUACAGAGAUGUUCGUAAAGUGAUCCUUCAGUCGCACGCAACCCAUCCGGUCAUUGACUGAUUCCACUGCAAAUCGUGUACGGUUUGUUUGUUGCGAGAAGGCGGUCACCACACCGUAUCUAUCAGAAGAAUCACGUAGGCCGCUGUCGUCCAGGGUGAAGUGCGAAUCGACUCCCGGAAUCUUUUUUUCCCGAGAGCCUGAGUUGGAAAUUUGGACUUCAGACAAGCAACAUACCACGUUCUGAUGAAGGCCGUGUGCCGUCAGACUGGGUGUCAGGGUCCAGAAACGUUUGCACAUCCCGGCAUCCAGUCUGUUCCCGGUUGAGUAGUCCAGCUCGCAUACUGUUCGUCCACACCACUGGGCCAGAGUUAGGGAGCCCGCGAACGCAGUAGCAUUGAUCAUAAUAUUGUCAUCAGGCAUUUUUUUCAUGAGGUUUUAUGGAAAUUAUGAGCUCAGGCGGGUCCCAAACAGCUGCUCGGUAUGUUUAUUCGAGGUCGUCUUCUCCAACGCUUUGGCUCAAGAACCUAACCACAAGGCGGCGGUGGCAAGCAAGCUUAUUUAAUGGCGGCUCACCAUCUCCGUGCCUCAGUGCCGCCAUCGGGAUUUUACUAAUUUUACUGAUUGACGUUUACUCGGUGGCAGCUGCCACGCAGGCGAACAACAGUUCUGCGAAAGAUGGACAUUUCCAAUCUCUGAUCUAGCCAAUUCAGAUGGUGCGCUCGCGUCCUCUUGGAUAGGCGCCUGGUCCUUGGACUAAUAACCUGCUCCUCGGCAAUAAGUGAAGAUAUAAAUGCACAUUGAAGAUGCCUGUAGGAGCAGUCUACCCUUUACCGUCGAGGCAAAGAGGGGGAGCGCUUCAGAAAAUUAAUCCUAUCCAGGCCAACGGGAACGUGCAUGCUGUAGCAGAGUUUGGGGUUUGCAUUACACCAGGCGAGUUCCCAAAAGGCAGUGGGAAAAAUAGUUCUUCCACUCCAACCAUCGGUAGACCUUCCGUGUAUUUUGCUUGAAACUUUUCUGGUAAACUGUUUUUCUGCUGUGUUUCGUGUGAAAGCGAGUUCGCUUUCCGUCGUAUCCGUAGUGUAUAUUUAAUGGCCGUUCAAAGUCAAACAAGGAGUCGCCAAACUUAUGAUUUUAUUAGGUUCUAUUUGUUCUGCUACCUCUGGCUUGUCAAAGUCUUUAAUUUGGAGCAGAAUUAAUUGACAGAAUGUUGGCCGGAUUUCUGAACCUGAUUUGUUUGAACGCAAUCCCCUGCCGGUCGUCCAAAAAAUAAGGCCAAAGGACUUAUUUUGCACGACGAAUGCGUAUAACUAUAAAGCACAGUGUUUGUGAGCUUACUUUAGAACACCCGGAGUACGCUGGUUUUGUGUUAUGAUCCGAUUGCCUAACUUAUCUCUCCAAUACUCUAUCACUUGUCCAGUUGUCUUUGUGGUCAUUUAGUGCCUUAAUACGCAUGUUUAGUUCCUAGCUCACUUUUGGGGUUACACUUGGUUAUGCCCUUUCAUCUUAUGUGUUUCAGCAUCGAGCACUCUUUCUUUUGUCUUACUUGACUAGUAACACGGCUCUCGAAAGAGCUGACCGCUCGCGAUGCAGUGCUUCUAGAGAAAGCAGCCUCAGUGGAUAAACAACUGGCUGCUAGUCAGCGGGAACGGGACCUCCUCCGGACGAAAUUGGAGGAGACAACGAUGGAGUCCCAAAAGUUGACUGCCACUUUAGAGCAGACUCGGUGA